AGAUCUACUAAAGCUAACACUCAAGAAGUGCCACUCCAUUGUUUAAUGUGCUCAUGUAAAGUGUGGAGGGGUUUUGGGGGCUGCCACUAUGGUGCUGUGAUUCUGGAGUUUUUUACAGGGAUGGCAGGGAUAUGGUCAGAGGCCUGGACACUGUACCUCAUAUUAGCAUUUGGUUCUACGGACCCCUCACCAGCACCCCAAGAGGCGCUUGACUUCAGAAGAGUUUUCUUGGGUUUGGAUAAAUGCAACGCCUGCACUGGAACAUCCAUUUGCAAGAAGUUUUUCAAGGAUGAAAUAAGGUUUGAAAGAUGGCUGACUGCUCAGUCUAAUCUCUCCUCAGCAGAUGUGCGCUCAUAUGAGGGAAACUAUACAGACAGCACAGCGGGCUGGAGACCUGUGGUGCUGUCCUACGUGAUGUCUCCUCACCUGCACCAGAUAUCAGACAAUAGCAUUUGCGCCUCAGCAGGCAAAGGGAAAUCCUGCAGCAUUGAAGCUGUCCUCAGGGCCACUUCACGCUUCCAAAGUUGGGUCCGUUCCAACCUACUGCUUCCCAGCAUGGUGAAGGGUCUGGUCACCCCGAUGCUGCGCUGUCCAUCUCAGAGGCUGCUUGACCGCAUUGUGCGACGUUACUUUGAAGUGACCGAUGUGGGAAGUGUGCAGAUGAAGCACUUCAGUGAAAAGGACAAACUCAGACUUCUUUACACCCUGGCUGUAAAUCAACAACCUCUCAUACUGCAGAUGUUUCCAGGCACGGAGGGCUGGCCCUUCCUCCGCUACCACGGCUCCUGUGGAAGGAUGAUGGUCUGGGCAGGGAGCAAACCCCUCAGGAGCCUGUUUUCCUCUCCACUGGAGCGCCGCGCAGACAUUGCCUACCAGCUUCUUCACAUCACCCAGAGCCUGAGCUCUAACAGCCUCCAGUUCAGCCUCUUCUACACCAAAGUCUCAAAGGAUAUGUUUGGUGCCUUGGAUGAUGGCAGGGUCUUCAUUGUGGAUGCCAGUACCAUAGGGAUUAUUGAUCUGCAGGAAGGAUAUCCUCCUGAUGAAGACUUGAUACCAGAACAUCUCGAUGUCUUCUCCUGUCUCAGUGGAUCUUGCGAGAGAUCUCCUCCAUGUGAGACAGUUCGAGCCACACAGAGUUUUAACUUACUUUGCAAACAUGUCAUUAACAAUCUGCUUGUGCCUAAUGAUGUGCAGUCAGGUCACCUUCCCAAAGAAGCCGUCAGUGCACUUGUUAUCUGUGCAGACCAAUCGCAGUCUGACCAAAGAAUAAUCGCUGCCAUCCAAACCUUGAAAGGCAUUUUACAGACAUUAAGGCCAUGCAGCACUCUAUAUGGAUACAGGUAUCCUGAAUGCCUAUAUAGUGACAAGUUCUAGACCAACACUACACACCUUAAGGGAUAAUUCACCCAUGAUUCUUCAAAAUAUCUUUUGUGUUCCACAGAAGGUGGUCGUACAGGUUUGGAAUUAUAAGCAAGCAAAUGACAACAGUAAUUUUUAGGUGGAUAUCACUUUAAAGCGCAUUGCAUGGCAAUAUGGAAUAUAGCAGUUAAUUUUUCUGAUGGAAAAUAAUAUGGAAUUGACUGUGUAACCUUAUCAAAGCACAGCUGAAAAACAAACCUUGAGACAUGUAAAAUUAGAUACCUAUUCGAACUGCAAAAAUAUUAUAACUCACAGACGAGACAAGGAAUUUCAUCACAAAAGAAGAAUAUUUUAAUUACAAAGACAACUCUGAUUAGUAACCCAUAAACCAUAUCAAUCUUCAUGUUUCUGUACAAUGCUCGCUAAGCAGUUUUAUUCGUGUAUAGAAAAUGUAAAAAGAGAAAUGUUCAAAAUGACAUUACUCCAUAAAAUUUAAUGGCAGGAACUCUGAAAAAAAAUAACAGCAUUCCAUCAACAAAUAUUUUCAAGCAAUAAAUAUUUAUAAAUAGUGUAAAUUUACAACAAGAUUAGAAAUAACACAAAAAAAAUUAAAGUUUAUUCCUUUGUCUAUGUGCAACCCAUUUUUCUUUGUGACUUGGCUAUCCCCCCAACUUAACUUUUUCCUUAAGAAAAGACAAAAAUAUUUUUAAAAAGAAAAAAAAAAAAAAUUCACAUUACAAUUUCUUUUUUUUUGUUACCUAAAGAAAAUGUUGAACAAAAAAAGCCCAGCUACGGUAGUACUUAAAGACAAAGAAAAUCAUGUAUUAGCUCGUACAUGAAGUACAGAAGACAAAAGAAACGACAAAAAAGAGGAUUAAAGCAACAGUAAAAUAAAAAAGGAAGAGUCAGUA